UCUUGUCAUAAUUUUACCAACUCAACCCAUUUUACCAACUCAACCCGUUUUACCAACUGAGAAUUUACCAACACAAGCACAGCAACGAAGAUGUUGGUGAACAGCGCGUCUCGGCCAUUGGCGUGGUUCGCCCGUGCGUCUUCAUUUCCUCGCCGCUCUGCCCAAGCCCUCGCCUCCUGCCACUGCUCUCACAGUCAACAGCACCACCAACAACAGCCGCGCCGCUGCUUCUCCCAGUCGUCCUCCAACCAGCAAACGCCAGCCAGCGUCGCCAACAGCAACAGCAACAGCAACCGCACAACAGCCGCCGUCCUCUUGUCGCUGGGCUCCGCCGCUGCGCUGACGGGAGGCUACCUGCUGCACGACAGCCAACAAAGCACACCUUCAUCUUCCUCCCCCGCAUCUGAUCGACGCUCGCUCGUGCCCACGCUUCCUCGCCCUCGAUUCCUCAGCAUGGCGCACUGCGAAAAAGUGCCCGGCGCACCGCCCGCCACCGCUCACAUCUCCCGCCUCAUGCUGCCAGACGACGCCAACCCCGCUGGCAACGUGCACGGCGGCACGAUCCUGCAUAUGAUCGACCAGGCCGGGUGGGCGGCUGCCACCAAGUACUACAAUGCCAACGCUGAGGACGGUGUUGUUGGCGUGGCCAGUCUGGCGCGCAUUGAGCGCGUGGACUUUUUGCAGCCAAUGUUCAUUGGCGAAGUGUCGCAACUGGACGCCAAGGUGACGUACACGUCCCCUCACACCAUCGAGGUUGCCGUCGAUGUCAAGGCAGAGAAUGUCCUCACAGGCAAAACCAGAACCACAAACAAGGCACGUGCGUGGUAUGUGGUGAAGGAGUACACGCCGCAUGUGGAGCACACGACGUCAGUGCUGGAGCGAAACAACACGCGCGAUCUGUACAUCAACGCGCCCGUGCUGCCCGUACCGCAGCUGGCGUUUGAGUCUGAGGAGCAAGCGGCCGAGGGCAAGCAGCAAUAUGAGCAGCAGUGCCAGGACAGGCUGACACGCGCAGAGGCGGAUGCAACGCACCCCAUCACCGACAGCCAGGCCACGCUCAUCCACGUCAUUCUUCCGUCUGACUGCCACAGCAACGGGCUGGCACAGGCUGGCACGGUCAUGAAGCUGAUGGACACGGCGGCCGGGGUGACGACAGUCAAGCACUGCCGCUCGAAUGUUGUGACGGCGUCACUGGAAGCGGUGGACUUUCUGCGCCCCGUCUUCAACGGCGAUCUGAUUGAGAUCCACGCCUACCCAAUCUUCAACAGCAGCAGGUCCAUGGACAUUGAGGUGAACGUGUUCAGCAUCGACCACCUCACGUCUGAGCGCCGCCUUGCCACGCGGUCCAUCUUCACGUUUGUCGCCCUGGACGAGCACCACCGCCCAAAGCCCGUGCCACCGGUCGCCAUCACGACGCAGGCGCAGCAGGUGCGGUGGGACGUGCGACAGCGCAAGUAUGAGGAGCGCAAGGCGGCGCGUGAUGCACUCAAGGCGAAGAUGGGAGCACGCGGCAAGCAAGCAAAGGGUGAUGGUGGUGAGCAGGAGGGGAUGAAGAAGAGUCAGGAUGAGGAUAAGUUGGAUAAGAAGGAGGAUGAGGUGAAGAAGAGUGAGAGUGAUGGUCAGGAUGAGGUGAAGAAGGCAAAGACGCUGGAUAGUGCAGACGUGUGUGAAUGUGACAAGGGCAAGCAGGAGAAGGCGUGAUGCGUAAGCCAAACAGCAGAAAAGCGUGUGUGUGUGUGUGUGUGUGUGU